AUGGAAGCACCCAAUGGCUCCUCUCAUGCAACGGUCUCUGGGCAAGACCGUUCGGCUGGACCGUACGUACUUCGAGAGCUGAUCAAAGAUAUACCGCUCGGCGAGCACAAGGAUGGCACGAGGUCCCACAUCACUUGUGUAGAUACUUGGAAUGGUAAUCUAUACGUCGGUACCUCUGCUGGUGAGGUGCUCCACUACGUCGCUAUCCCACCGGACCCCACCGACGAGUCCGGUCAGGCAAGUUACAUCUUCGCGACCAAGCUCGAGCCGCCUUUCAACACGGAGCAGGAAGGGCUAGAUGCUGGUGUGAAGCAGAUUCUCCUACUGCCAGUCGCUAACAAAGCUUGUAUUUUGUGCAACGGUACACUUACGUUUUACACCCUGCCAGAGCUCAGCCCGGCUUUUGGCGGCAAAAUCAGACAGCCGAGCUGCCUAUGGAUUGGCGGCAUUGAUACGACGGAGCAAAACCACGGCGGCAAUGCUGCAUACGGGACCGUGGUUGUCAUAUGCUUAAGGCAACGACUCCGACUCAUUCGAAUCGGCGACGAGGCUCGCAAGAUCCGUGAUAUCGAGCUCGGCGGCGUAUCUGCCAUUCAGCGAAUACAAGAUCUGGCAUGCGUUGCAGACGGGCAUGAUUACUCCCUACUCGACGUAGUGAACCAGCGCAAGAACAACCUAUUUCCCAUCUCGUCUCAGGCUACACCGGAGGCACCACCGUCAGAGCCAGAUCGGCCGCCAGCCCGGGCGCGGGAGCCAUCGCGUAGCUUCUCUUCAGCCAGUCCAGUUCGCCUCGGUCGAGCACAUGAGCGCAAUACAAGCUUGGGUGCAGAGUCGAGUGAUAAUGGUCACCUACGCCCUGGCAGCAGCUCUCCUUGGCCCUCCCGACGCUCUUCGCGCCUUAUUGAAUCUGCUGUGCCGCCUGGUAGUCGUGAGGGGAGCCCAGAGAAGCCUUCGCCAGAGACAGUGUCGGCACGAACCAGUACAGAGGCUGCUCGUGAGCCUGAAGCACCGGUCCGACCUUUACCGCCGAACAUUCUCAGCCCGACAGCCAACGAGUUCUUGCUCACGACCGGCACAAAGAUGAAUGAGCCAGGCGUCGGCAUGUUCGUCAACCUUGACGGAGAUGUAGUUCGCGGCACCAUCGAGUUCAGCACGUACCCACAGUCACUUGUCCUUGAUGGAGUCCAGACUGCGGCAGACUCGGCAACAGAGUCUGAGCGGCAAAGUAGCCCAGGCUACGUGCUCGCUCUGGUGCAACGCAAAUCCGGAGGGAAGUCAGUUCCAGCGAUUGAGGCCCAGCGGUGGGAUGUCGAUGCAUCGGACGCGAGGACCGGGAAGCAAUGGCUUGACGUUCCCUUGAACCAUACCGAGGCCGGCUUCGAGGAUCAGCAAAGAGGCGUGGGCCUCCGCACUGCCUCAGAUGCUGUCGAGCUUGCGAUUCCUGAGAUUGGUUCGAGCUUGCGUCUCCGCCGCAUCCUUCUUACGAGUAGGAUGGAAGUUUCUUCAGAUAGUGACCUCAAACGCGAACAAGAGGAAGACGAUUUCGCCUCUAGCUUCGCUCAGGCGUCAGCGAGGGUGCUACUAUACUACGAAGACCGGAUCAGCUGGGUCAUGCGAAGCGCUUUGAUUGUCCAGCUUGAGCAGCAAUUGAAUGCUUCAACCCAGCAGCUCAACGACAGUGCGAUCGCCAUUGAGGUGCCGAGCGUGCAGCGAGUGGUCAAUAGCAUACGAGGGCAGAAUGCAGCUAACGAGCUCGAAUUCCUCACGUUAACCUACGUCCGGCAGAAGACGUCACUGCUACUGUUCGGCAACCUCUUGCUGCAGACCGCGCAGAAUCUCACGUGUCCUGAGCGUGAUAAGCGCUUUGCCGAGGAAGCCUUGGUUGCGGGCGAGAUCGACCCGCGUACUAUUCUAGGCCUUGUGCCUCCUCUUGCAGAGGAAGUUACCGCGGGCGAGCAAGGCAUCUGGAUCGCUCAAGGUUUGCAAGAUACGCUCAAUACACUUCACCGGGCUCUGCGCGAUGCCAAGAUUGUACCAAACGUGGCGGGUGCAUACGGCGACAACCUGCUGCCACUCCUCAAACGCUAUCUCCUGGCAUGGCGCAAGAAGAAAGGCUUCGGCAGCAUAGCAGACGAAACGCAUGUCUUCCGAAGUGUCGAUGCCGCAUUAACUCACGUUUUACUCAUGCUGGAUCAGCACAGUCCUCGUGGUCCAGCGCUACCCGGGACGCUUCGCGCGGAGCUUAACGAAGUCGUAGACCGCGGAGUCGACUGCUUUGAUCGGGCUGUUCAGCUGUUCGAGGAGUACCAUCGACUGUACAUGCUCAGUCGCUUGUAUCAGAGCCGCAAAAUGACCGGGCACGUCCUUGCGACCUGGAGGCGGAUCGUAGAGGGCGAGCACGACGCCGGCGGCGAACUAAUCGAAGGCGAGCAGGACAUUCGAAGAUAUCUGACGAAGCUGCGCGAUGCGAAUCUUGUGGAAGAGUACGGAACUUGGCUAGCGAACAGAAAUCCUAAGCUGGGCGUGCAGGUCUUUGCGGAUGACAGUAGCCGUGUCAAGUUUCAGCCGCAGGAGGCCGUAUCCGUACUGAAACGGAAGGCACCUGGCGCGGUGAAAGAUUACCUCGAGCACCUGGUCUUCGGCAAGAACCACGUGCAGUACGUCAACGAUCUUAUAGCGUUCUAUCUCGACACCGUCUUGACGCAACUGGAGCGCUCGGAAGAAGCUAGGCAGAUCUUACUGCAAAGCUACGAGACCUACCGCGCUCUCAAACCCCCUAAACCAACCUAUCGACAAUUUAUCACGGACAAUGCAGUUGACGCGGAUUGGUGGCACAACCGUCUCCGACUCCUACAACUGAUAGGAGGCAGCCACGGCGCGGCGCAGAAGUACGACGUCCACACGCUCGGGCAGCGGUUGGCACCGCACAGCGACGAGCUGGUGCCGGAGAUGAUCAUACUCAACGGCAGAGAAGGCAAGCACGAAGAGGCACUUCGGCUGCUGACGCAUGGGCUGGGCGACUUCGACACGGCGAUCAGGUACUGCUUGCUGGGCGGGUCAAGCAUUUUCCACUCGGCCGGUGCUUCGGCGCUUGCGCCAGAGACGCUCCUGCCGACAAGGGAAGAGCAGGCUCGUCUAUUCAACAUACUCCUACAUCAGUUUCUGCGCAUUGAGGAUGCGACUGAGAGGCUUGAGCGGACGGCCGAGUUGCUUGAACGCUUCGGUGGCUGGUUCGAUCUGGAGCAAGCACUUGAGCUGAUUCCGCUUGAUUGGAGUGUUGAGCAAGUUAGUGGGUUCUUGGUACAUGCGCUGAGGCGGCUGGUCAGGGAUAGGAACGAGAGUAUUGUGGUGAAAGCGCUAAGCUCGGCGCAGAACUUGAGGCGAGCGGUUGAGUAUGCGGAGAAGACUGAAGUGAUAAGUCCAGUGGUUGCGCGGACGGAGGUCGAGGCUGGAUGA